GGGGCGUAUACGUGUGUUUUUAAAUGUAAACACGGCGAGGGACGAGUCAGCUGUUUUUGGCUGCAGGAGCAACUGCUACUACUACUGCUACUGCUCCUUGUACUAUGCAUGAUGAACUUGUCUUGCUGCUGCGCGAGGGACUUUGCGGUGACUCUGCCCCCCGAGAUGAGCGUGAAGAUCUUCGGCGAGCUGGACGCCAGGAGCCUGUGCCGCGCCUCGGCCACGUGCCGCCGGUGGAACGCCAUCAUCCGGGACAGCCCGCAGCUGUGGAGGACACAAUGUCUCAGCAUCAUAACGCUGUGCCACAGGGAGGUGGACGCCGACCGCAGGAAUGGACUCUCCUGGAAGGACUCGCUGGCGAGGAACUACAUUCGCAGCCGCGUGAAGCUGGGCUGGCUGUCCGGUCAAUAUAGCAAUGUGGCGUCGGCCGGCGAGCUGCGCGGCAGAAAGAUGGCGCCGAUGGACAUGGAAACCUGGGGAGAAAUCCUACAGGCUGAGCUGGACCGAUGACUUCAUUGGCAUUGCUGUUCUUAUUUUCCCUAAUUGUAUGUGGAUCUUUUAUUGUUUUUUUAAAAUACAUUUUUGUACUUAUAUAAGAUCACAAGCAUGAGAGAGACUGAAUGCGAUCAGCUCACAUACACCAAGGACGGGGGAAAGUACUGAUUUUCAUUGUUACUGUGACAGUAACAAUAAAGUUCUAAUUUAUUCUUUAAAAAAAAAGUAGUAUCCCAUUUUUAAUCUCUAAUCUGGGCCUCGCAAUAUUUACAUGAUCAAGACUCCAGGAAUAUUUGUUGCAUUCAUUUUGAUUUUUUUUUUUUUUACAAAUGUAUUAUUGUUAAUUUAUGUUAGUAAAAAAAAAAUAGUAAAAUAUAUUAAACGUGAGAAUGAUUUUUGUAAUCAAAAUAAACAAUUUGACAUAUUUUA